GUUGUGGCAAUCAGCUGGCCGCCUCACAACACGUCUGGCUGCUACACUACACCCAACACUCCUCACACUCACAAAAUGUUGACCGAAUUCUGCCUACUCUGGUCACUAAUUGACUUAAGUGAUGUGAGAAUGACCAGUUAGGUGCAUGCUACCAAUGCUGCGGAAAUUACGGCGGUGAAUGUUCUCGGUGUGUUGAAAAAACUUGCAAAAUGACGCUCUAGCGAGUCUUUGUUCAGUGGUUAAUCUGGGCGGUUACUACUCUACGCGCAGUUAUUGGAUUUUUAGUGUCAGGUGGUUUAAAUGAGUGCCUCCAUGAAGUGAAUUGUUGUAUGGUGUGGAGAGGGAGGUUUACCAAGAGGAAGCUUGAGUGUUGUUAUACAGAAAUGGGGUGGAUGAACCGCAGAGCAGCGCAUCUCUCGCCUGUCUAUCUUCAACUUACAUACAAAUGAGUCUUGAGUGAACAACUUCUUCCACACUGCUGACUAGCUUGAUCACGCUGGGUUGCUUGAUCAUUGUUCACUACACUCAUUGUGAUGAUUUGACAGGUGAGGGCUACACCUCCGUUUACUCAUAUCCUCUACACUACUUCCCAUGAUGACUUGACAGGGCCUCGCGAUGCAAGCACAAACAGCUGUCUUGAUGAAGUACGCUAUCAGGAGGCCUGAUCACAGACCAGGCCACAGGGGCACUCAACCCCUAUCUCACUACCAGGAAGAUGAGGUCGAGUAAUGUUGAGGAGGUCGGGGGUCACGUUCCUGGUGACCCAUGGGAGGUGUUCACCGCACUGGCUAUCCUGGUGGUUGAAGGCAGAACUCCUGGAGGAGAGAGAGGAUACCAUGCUGGGCCCCACUGCCCUCUGCCACACCAGUUGCAACACAAACAUUCAUGUGACCAAAAUGAUCAUGUGUGUGUGCAGGCUGGUGCUUUGAUGCGUCAGUUGCGGGUGAUGUGGGGUGUUGGUGUAGGAGUGAGUCUAGAGGUGUUGGUUGCCCCUGAGUGUCCUCAUGGAACAGCACUUGCCACAACUCUUGAUACUACUACCGCUCCCUCUCAAAACCUUCGCCUCAUUGAACAGUGGAACUUCACCAUCUAUGAUCGCAGACUCCCAGAAGCAACAGCAACUGGUUGGUCAUUGAUGGCAGCUGUGCGCUCCUUCUUGCACUUCUCCCAGUUGUCAGCAUGGUUGAGUGUGUCAAGAGGCCGCCGACCUCCCAAUGUGUUGUACCGCCUCACAGUCACUUCUCCAGUCUUUUGUUCUAAAUUUACAGAAGAAGCAGAAGAGCAUGUGUUUCCACUUGCUUACAUGGGGCAGGACACGUCUAUUAAAGUAGCAGUGCGUUCGCUCCCCCGCAGUGACAACGUUCCUGUAGUGGUGUGUCAUGAACUGCAUGAGGAAGAGGAGGAGGUUGAUGCUCUCUUGUCACAAGGCUUUGCUCCUGGAUCUUCUCAAAACAAGAAGACAGAGUUGGGCAAGUGUGAUGACGACUUAAGGAGAAGUAUGAUGAAGGCAAAAUUGGCAGAGAACUCGCGUAUUAGUCGCAGUGAGUCUCCAGAUACACAGCUUGGUGAAUCUCUCCUGGAUCCCCCUAAUUCCCUUACUCGCUUUCCUCGUCGUUAUCAGUCCCCUUCUCGAUCAGGUUCCCCAUCGUUGGAAACCCCUGAACAUCUUAUUUGUCGUCCUAGACCACCAGCUCCCCAAAUUAAUAAACCUCCAGAUGUUAGCAUGGUGUUAGGCCCCACUACACCUUCUCAUCCAUUUUCUUGGACCCAGGCACGUUUUCCGAUAACCCCAAUUACUCAUCACUCUUCAGUGGACUCGCUGUGCUCACCCAAUGCUGAAGUAUUAAAUCUUCAUCAGCAUCGCCAUCAGUUGCAGCAAAAUACGUACAGAUUUGAGUUCUCAGGACCUUAUCAGCAGUAUCGAAGGCCACAAUAUAUAUACAGUCGUCCACAAAUGUGCUGGCCACACGUUCAACGAGUACAGCAACAGAAACCUCAACAAAUUACACCCCAUCCACAACGAACUCAUCUUAGUGUAAAUCCCUGCAGCUAUGACCAGCAUCCAAAGUCACUAGGUCAGUUAUCCCCACGAGGUGGGAAAUACCAACAUUAUCCUGAAUACCAAAUGCAAGAGCAACAUGAAUAUCAUAGGCCUACUGGAGAGUGCCCUGAAUAUCAUAGGCCUACUGGAGAGUACCCUGAGUAUCAGAGGCCUACUGGAGAGUGCCCUGAAUAUCAGAGGUCUGCUGGAGAGUGCCCUGAAUAUCAGAGACCUACUGGAGAGUACCCUGAAUAUCAGAGGCCUACUGGAGAGUACCCUGAAUAUCAGAGGCCUACUGGAGAGCACCCUGAAUAUCAGAGGCCUACUGGAGAGUACCCUGAAUAUCAGAGGCCUACCAGAGAGUACCCUGAAUAUCAGAGACCUACUGGAGAGUACCCUGAAUAUCAGAGACCUACUGGAGAGUACCCUGAAUAUCAGAGACCUACUGGAGAAUACCCUGAACUUUCUACUUCAUACAAAGAUGGAAGACCUGUUCGAGAAUACCAAGAGUGCAAUCCAUAUUCAAGAUUAAGAACUAGGGGAGAAUAUCCUGAAAUUGGUGCUAGUGGCCAAGAUUUUAACUCAGGCCGUGACCAAGGGUUGAAACGACGUGGAGAGUAUCCCAGCGAGUGGGAAUGUCAGACAGAUCAUCAGCAUAGCAAAAGGGAAUAUUUUCAACAGUUUCCAUCAGAUAAUGAAGCUUCUACAAGCAACUCUAAAAUGGGGAUAAGCGUAUGUAGCACAAGAGUGAAGCAGAGUCACUUGAAGCUGGGUAAACAGACACAGGAAACUCUUGGCCUUCCUAAGGUGAUAGAUGAUCAGCUUCGACUGUCUUGCUUAUACACUGGAAAGCAUCUGUGCUCCAGUUUGGAGGAUUUAUCUGAAAUAGGCAAAAAAGGGGAAACUAAAUCUUCACAUCUUCAUUCCAAGGCUUUGAAGCAAGAAAUGAAGAAGAGGGGUGAUGUUAGCCCAAGCCACUUGUUUCACAGCAAGUUUAACUUUGAGUUAACUCCAAAAGAGACCAUGGAAAUCCUUAGUGUUCUCCGGCAACCAACUCCUGUACCGCCUCUACGUAUUGAUCGCCAUAGGAAUAAAUCCCAAACUGAAUCUCCAAGAAGUGCUUGUGAAUCAAGUUAUUUUUCAAAUUAUCAAGGGCAUGUUAGCAGUAAAUCAUGGGAAGAAAAGGAAAUUGAUGUAAAAUGUGCAAAUUGUACAGAAAAGAAGAUAGAUGGUAGAUAUUGGAAAGAAGGUAAAUUAGAGUCCCUUCAUUUGAAAGAACAAGAUGGGAAAACUGAUUGUAAGUUUGAGAAAGAUGAACGGAAGACAGGUGAUGUGUUUUGGAAUAAAUGUAAAAAGAAUGUGGGACCAAAAGACCCAUCUUUAGGUUUUCAUGGACACAGUGAAAAGUGCCAUAAAGAAAAUUGGGACAAAGAUGUCCAAGAGUUAACCUCUAGUCCUGAAAACUUGUUUCUUGAAGCUAUAGCUCGUAGUGGUGAGAAACAUUGUGAUAUUUCUAGUUGUAAGACAUUAGUGGAUAGUAGUGAAUCAUAUCGGACCAGAGUUUGUAGUGAUAUUAGUAAGGAAUCUUGUGAUAAAAGAAGUGCAGGUGAAUACAAUGAACAGGUUAAUUAUGACUCAAAAAAUGUUUGUGGACAGAGUGUGCAAUCAUUUUUAUCUUCAAGUCAAUCUAGGUGCAUCGAAGCUAAGAAAAUUACUCAAAAGACUAGUUUCUUUACUGCCACUAGUGAGCCCACACUUCCUGUAACCUCUCAACCUCAGAAGCAAACUUCACAGAAUUUAGUUAAAAGUCCAUUUAGUGCAGUUUUAUCAAGUUUUCAGAAAGAAUAUAAUCAUGUCUUUGAAGAAGAACAAGAUCAUAGUCAAGAUUCAGUUCAAUUAAAGUCUUUAAAAGAGAAAGAAACAGUUAAAAGGGCAUUAAAAUUUGAAGAUGGAAGAGCUAUUCAUUCAGUUGUUGUAAAUAAAACAGAGAAAAAUAUAUCAAAUGGCAACUAUUUAAAUGAAAAGUUCCCAUCAGAAGUAGCUGGCCAAACCAUUUUAAAAAUUAAAAGCCAAGAUACUGGUAAAAUUGUACGGGAUACCCAUGAAGGGUUUUUAAAGAGUACAAGUUUGCUCAAGCACCUUAUGACUAAAAAUCAUCAACCAGCUCAGGAUAACACUCAGGAUAACAAAUCACCAAAUUAUGAGAAUAAUGAUAUGGAAUGGAGUGAAGUGGUAGGGCAAGGAACACAUGAUAAAAGUGAAGCACAGGAGAUGGUAGUUCAGGAAGAGGAAGACUUUGGUGUUCAACUACGAGAUUUGAAUCAUGUAGAUGAUGAAGUUGAAAAAAUUUGUAAUGGAAAGGGGGUUCCUAUUCCAUCGGCUAGUGAAAAGGCUCAGUUCCGACGAUCUCUAGAUUCUGCAACAAAUAUGGUGUUUCACAGCAAGACUGGACUGCCGCUUACUUCAUCUCCAGCACCGUUGCGCAAAGGCAAACGUUUUGACUAUGAUUCAAGUCUCAAUAGUGUUGCUGCUAUUAAGAGAUCGACAUCGUUCCACUGCAGCGCGUUGUAUACUUGUGAUAAUGACGAGGAAGAAGUCUACACUGUGGAAACCAAUGCAGCUCACAUCAACACCACCAAAUCAACACAACUAUCAAUAUCAGCUCCAGCCACUGUUACGUGUUCCAACCUACUAGGCAGCUUUGAGGAAUGUGUCUUAAAUGGUCGUCUUGAGCCUGUAUCCACAGUUCAGGGCUUCACUGCUGAGAUAGCAGCCUCUGGAUCCUUCUGUCCCAAGCGCAUCACCAAGCCUGUUACUGUCUUCUUCUAUACCUUAUGUGAUAAUGACCAGAUCUCCUCUCCAUAUAUGGUUUGUCAGUUCUAAAUCUGGCAAGAUCUACCUCCACACUGAUAUCCGCAUGCUAAUCUUCCGCAAGAGUGACGCUGAUGCUGCCACCCUGCACAAGACCAGUGUUCCCUAUGAACUGCGCUCUUUUACACAUGGUCCCACCAAUCCAAAAUUUUCACCAAGGAAGUAGUAAAUUUUUUCUUUUCUUGUUCACUGAUGCUCUUUCUCUACUUUUCGUCAUUCAUUGCAUAGUUUAAGUACCCUAAUUCAUUACUUAGGUGUAUUCUCAUGAAAAUAUAAAAAACAUUAAAUAUUUAAGCAAAAAAUUAGGGUAAAGGAGUAGAUGUAUUUGGAAUUAAUUUGAAACGAGUAUAGCCGAAAUUUGUGCAUUUAUUUACAGUUAAUGAAGAAUUAUGUACCAUAUCACUUUUUUUGUUAUUUGGUAACAUAAUAUACUGUGCAGGGGUACCUUAAGUAUAAUUGUUAUAACUUCCAGAAUAAUUUAUGCUCUUUCAUGAAGAGCAUAUACAUUUUGGAUAUUUAAUGCUUCCAGCCAGACUUUUAGAAUAAUUAAUAACCAUCCAGAGAAAUUACAUAAAGUAUUUCAUGUUUUACAUAAGUGUGGGUGUGUUUGAGGGAAGUUUUGGGGGGAGGAGGGAGCAUAGAAGUUUAUCAUGUGUGAAUGUACUUGACUUUGUCAGUAUGCAUGAAAGAUUAAAUAUUAUAUUGUAAUAUCUCAUAGUGAUGUGCAGCAUUAUCAAAGCAGUGCUUGGAAGUAUGGUGCAGUGGAUGCUUCAUGUCUGCAUGUGUCAUACAAUGUUUACACAUCAAACAUUAGAUGCUGAUCUCAGUAUUGCAUAUAUAGGUUUUUUCAUAUUGAGGUUAUUACCUCAAGAAAGUUGAGUUGCCAGAGGAACAAAGGCAUCAGAUAUACCCUAGGUACUUUUCUUGUAAAUUUUUUUCUUUUUAUAAUUUUCAAGACUUUGAUUAGUCCUGCAAUAAGUCUAGGAAAUGUUGCUUUUUAGUGAAAUUCGUAUCAUAUUUAAAGUUUUAAGUCAAGGUCAGGAGGAGUAUGCUAUCUUGCAGUGUUUUUCUUCACAGCCAUAGUUGCUUUAUUCUUCCCCAGGGAUAUGAUCAUCUUUCUGUCUUCAUUGUGUGCCAUAUGUGCACAUUACCAAUCCCACAUUUUAGUUUCUUUUCUUCAUUCAGUACUUGACUCUCCAUUCUUGCAUUUCAUUAUAUUUUCUCUCUUGUAAAAGAAGUGAAAUUUUAUCACUGCUUUGUUUCCCAAAGUACAUCACCUUUUUCUGUCUAUAUUUAAUGUUAAGAUAUGCUUUAUUUUUCCCUGUAGGACUCUUUUAUUUGUUUCCAUUUGUAAUUUAGCUUUUUCAUUAGCAAUUAAUUGUUAAAAAGUGGCAACAAAGCAGCAUGCAUUUCCAUCUAGCCAGAGCUUGUCUCCCCACCCACUGCUCAAGCCUUAUGUAUACAGUAAGAAAGUAACAAGGGCAUACCAUAACUUUUUCUCAUGCACAUUUCAAAAUUUUCAUUCGCCAAUUGAUUUAGCCUUACACUAAAUAUGAUGUCCCAGAUACACACCUGCCUUUUGUUAGAUUUUCAGACUAUUAAACAUCUCGUCCCACUCUUAUUAUAGGCUUUUUUCAGAUCCAUAAAUGAUUUUUUUCAUAUAUAGACCAUUGCAAAGGCAUAAUUGCAUAUUUAAUACUGUGGAAAAAAUCGAUUAUACCUUUAAAGAUAAUAAUUGCUUCUUGAACUGUGAAAGGUCUUGGAAAAGACAGGCUGGUGAUUAGUUCCAAACAAUGACUGUGAAGAGAGAAAUAAAACUGCAUAACAUCUUAAGUCUGUUAAUAUAAAAGUUUUGGGGAUUAUCACUUCAUGGUCUGAUCUUAGCCUAAGUCUCCUAAAUGGGGAAAAAGAAAAAGAAUGGAAACUGUUUAAGAAUAACAAAGUAAAGGUAAGUAUAUGCUGAACAUAAGAAAUUUGUAGGAUGAACCUGUCAUCUUCCAUACCCAUGAAACUUAGAUUAAUGACCAGCCAUCUUGCCCUGCCAAAGCAAAACAUUUAUCAGGCUUCCAUUUCAUACUUAUAUGAGAGGACAGUAGUAGCUUCCUGGAUGGCUAUUAUCUGCCAUCUUACUGCCUGUUAACUCUUAUUAUAGGAUUAAGAAGAGAGAAGAGACUGCAGUAAAAUUAUGAUGUAGUUAUAUAUGUUGGGGAGAGGAAAAUAGGAUAAACUCAAGGCUGCCAAUUAAUACUGCUUGUCAAUUAUUCACCCUCAAUUUUUAAUCAUUUACUCAUCAUAAUGCAAAAAUGUAAAGCAAAACUUGAGAAAGUACAAAGGAGUGUAUCACAACUGGUGCCAGAGUUAAGGCAAAUUAAUUAUGGACAAAAAAUUGAAGGAGGAAAGAAAUAAAGGAGAUAUGAUUAUGGCAUACAAUAUUCCAGAGCAAAGUCUCUUACCAGAGAUGAAACUAAAGCUAAAAAUUAGGGGACAUGGUUGGAAAUUACACCUCAAAAUAAACCACAGGGAUAUCAUAAAACUUUUCAACUUAAAGGUGAUAAAAAAAAAAAAAUAGUGAAAUGAUCCAAACAGUGACAAUGAAUACAGACUGUGUACAAGGGUUCAUAAUAAGAAAUGUUAUGUUUCACUUCAGUUGGUUGAAAGUUGAGAUGCAGGGCCAAGAGCUUGAACUCAUCUCAUCCAAAUCAGUAAUUAUACCUUCCUCUCCAUUUGCUUAGCAAACUAAUUCUCUAGUUUCUACUCUCAUCCUUAACCACUCUUGUAUUUAUUAACUACAAUUUCUGUAUUUUCUAGUUAUUUAGCACCUUACCCAUUCUUUAACACAUUUUGUGCUUCGAUUAAAUCUCAUUACCAGCAUUUAAUUUCCAUCAAAUUUUUAGAACUUUUUAUUUAAGUGGUUGCUCCUUAGUAUUUAUUUUCUUAUUUCAGCAUCUUCCAUUUCAGUCAUAAAUGCUUGACUUGUUUUCACAGUACAUUACACCCUUGAUGUAAUGGACUAAUAGAGGGGAUAGUAUGAAUAUCCAUCAAAUCGGAACAAUGCUUAAAAAUAGAAAAAAAAAAACUAGAAGUCUACUAUAUGCCUAUAUAGUA